AUGGAUUUUCCAUCUAUGCCGCCAAUUCACAUGUGUGCAUUUUUAACUGCAGAAAAUGAACAUUUAAAAGAGAAAAUAAACAAUUUAAAACAACGAAAUUCGCAACUUCAACAAUCAUUGAAUGAACAACAUCACCAUGAUGAAAUUGAUAGUAUUAAUAAACGUUUAAUUCAACGUAAUAUUUCUUGUCAAACCAGUGCACCAUGGCCGUCUCCUCAAACCAUCGCGUCGACUUGCGGCUGCUCACAACCAAAACUUGUAUCUGAUGAUCAAUUGAGAUUAAAUCGUCUGUUAACCGCUCAAAAUGAAUUAUUGAAAAAAUAUGAAACAGAAAUAAAAUUGUUAAAUGAUCAAAGAACAUCAAAAAAUGAGGUGGUGUUAAAUCAACAUCAUUAUGAAAUGAGACUACGCGAGUAUGAACAGCGUUUAAGAUAUUGUGAUGAACAACUAAAACACAAACAACAACUCGAACGAAAAUUACAAUUUAUCGAACAUAAAUGUAAUAAAUAUGAAAAACGUUUUAACCGAAUGAAACAAGAGUUAAGUGUUUUAGAUGAUGGUUUUUUUGAAGAAGUUGAAGAUUUGAAAUUUGCAUUACAACAAGCAACAAAUCUAAAUAAUGAAUAUGAAAAAACUGUUCAAACACUGACUGAACGGUUAGGUAUCAGCUAUCCUUUAACAAAGUGA